CUGAAUUGGCAUGCCAGUGCAGCAUUUGAGGUUCUGUUUGUGUUGUUUUUGCCGCACGAGUUUGGGCUGUAAACAAAUUGAGAAUCAUCUGGAAAAAAUGCCCAAUAUCACAGUGAAUGUGACUAAGAAUCGUGACACAGUGCUGAAGACGCUUGAAGAAAGUAUUCCCGAGGAUUCUUUAAGCAGUUUGUUGGGUUCCCUCAAGGCAAUGAAGGAAUCUUCCAAUGCGUACAUGACUGAAUUGGUGAAUGAACAAAUCGUGCCGGAAACUCCUGUCCAGACAUCAAAAACAGAAAAUAACAACACAGAAGAAGAGGACUCGGAGGAAGACGUCACGGAGUCCGGAGGCGUGAGUGCUCCGAAGAAGGCGAAAACGUAGAUGUAAUUUUCUCGGAUGAAAUAAAAAAUCCCACUAAACCUA